UCACGUGAUUUUGAAGUGUCCCAUGAUCCCAUGAUGUCUACUGAGAAAGCUCCAUUAAAUUCUUCUGACCCACAGGUCCUUUAUGGAAGCAGUGGCUUUAAUGGAUUGAGUGCUAUUGAUGGCAGUGCUAAUUCUAGACCUCAAGCAAGGUCCAAGUAUCGAAUUGAUAACUUCCUCCCGUGUGAUCCAAGGAGAUGGAUGCACAGGUUUCUGAUGCUGUGUCUAAUGUGCUCUCUUAGCUUCGGCAGUUACUAUUGUUAUGAUAAUCCGGCGGCUCUCACUCGUACCAUUAUACAGGUUAUGCGUGUCGACAACACUCAGUACAAUCUGUUAUAUUCGUUAUACUCGUGGCCUAAUGUCAUAUUGUCAUUGAUUGGAGGAGUGUUGAUUGACAGGUGGAUCGGAGUUAGAAUCGGAACUGUUUUAUUUAGCGUUUUUGUGACAGUCGGCCAGCUAAUCUUUGCUCUUGGCGGCAUUUUUGAUAAAUUUUGGUUGAUGCUGGUUGGAAGAUUUGUUUUUGGUCUAGGUGGUGAAUCAUUAGCUGUGGCACAGAACGCUUAUGCUGUCCUUUGGUUUAAAGGGAAAGAGUUGAAUUUUGUAUUUGGUGCUCUUCUCAGCAUUUCUCGUGUCGGUAGUACUGUUAAUAUGAAUGUCAAUCAAAAAAUGUUUGAUACAUUUGAUGGUAUUCAUAGUAAACCAGUCCGUCUAGGAGUAGUACUUCUAGUUGGUUUUGGGUUUUGUAUAUUUUCACUCAUCACUGGUGUGGCUCUGGGCCUGUUUGACAGAAGAGCUGCUAGAAUUGUCAAGAGGAAGAAAGGAGAAGGUGAGAAAAUAAGUUUAAGAGAUGUCAAGGAUUUCUCCUUGUCUCUCUGGCUCAUUUUUAUCGUUUGUGUGAUGUAUUAUGUGACAGUGUUCCCUUUCAUUGGAGUGGCUACUGUAUUUCUUGAAGAUAAGUACGGGAUGAGUCCAGGCGUUGCUAAUAUUGUCAACAGUAUUGUAUACUUCAUGUCAGCACUGGCAUCUCCAGUCUUUGGCAUUGCUGUUGAUAGAAUUGGAUGUAACCUAUUUUGGUUGAUAUUUGGUGUUUUGGCUACUCUUGGUUGUCAUGCUGCCUUUGCCUUUGGCAAUGGUGCUACCUACAUUCCUUUUCUAGCCAUGCUUGGUAUGGGAUUCGCUUAUUCUAUACUUGCUUGUUCUUUAUGGCCACUCGUUGCAUUCAUUGUUCCUGAGCAUCAAUUAGGAACAGCUUAUGGACUUAUGCAGUCAGUACAGAAUCUUGGCCUAGCAAUUGUCCCCAUUGUUAAUGGUGUCAUUAUUGACAGAGUCGGUUACCUCAUUUUGGAAGUUUUCUUUUGCAUUUGCUUGUGUGUUACAAUGAUUGCUGCUAUAGCCCUUUACCUUGUUGACUCAGUCAAGUAUAAUGGCGUUCUUAAUUUGUCUUAUUGGGAGAGGAAAAAGAUUGCUGAUGAAGAAAAGAAUAAAGAUGACACUACAACCAUAUCUUCCAAUGGUAUUGCUGAUAUACAAGCAGAGGCUGCAAUUGCUGCUAAUCCAAUUCGCCCAAUGUCAGCAUUCCAUGUCCGUAACAGACUAUUAUCAAGAAUGGGAGCUCAGAUUCCAGAUCAUGUUGUACAUGUCAAUGCAUUGACUGCCAGUAUGGCAAUGGGAUUUCACAAAUGAUAGUAUCUCCCACCGGCCUCUCUCUCCCCUUCUCAUUGUAUCUCCUUCACUUGUGCGUAUUAUUAAUUAUACUAAAGAGAACUAAACUCUUGAGGGGUUUGCAUUUAAGAUUAUGAAUGUAAAGUAAUUGUUUGCUGAUAUUAUUUUUGAUCCUAAUUUUGGAAAAAUUUUUACAAUAUUAAGUUCAUUAAGUGAUUUGUUGCAUC